AUGGGUCUCCCGGCGGCCGCUGAGAAUCGCGAUGACAGCAAAAACUUCGAUCGGGCUAUACUGGGGGAGGAAUCAUAUAACUCGAAAAAUGUGAAAUUGGAGGCAAACGGUGCCAACGGCGAUAGAUCAUGGCAAUACGAUCCCGAAUCACCGCCCUCAUCGGACGGCUCUCGUACGGGCGACACGUUCGACGACGAGAAGGAAUUGGCACAACACCCCGAUAGUGUCACAGAGGGUGCUCAGUUGGGCCAGCAAAAGGCGGAAGCAGCCGCACUCGUAUGGAGCUGGCCAGCUUUAAUUGGAAUAUAUGCAUGGAUCUGGAUUUGCACAUUCAUGCUGGCAUUUCACUCGAAUAUCAGCGGCUUCCUUAUCAACUAUAUCCAAGGAGGGUUUAAGACCGCACCACAGGUCUCAACGUCCUAUAUCCUCGCGAAUAUUGUGGGCGGCGUUCUUAAGCUGCCGCUUGGUAAGACCUUGAACUUGUGGGGUCGUGCUGAGGCCCUGGUGGUCUCGACCAGCAUUUACCUUCUUGGUAUGAUUGUCCUCACGGCAUGUGACGGUCCGAAUGGAUAUGCGGCGGGCUAUGUGCUGUACUGGAUCGGGUACUACUGCCUAUACCUGAUCUUGAAUGUUUUCGUCGCCGAUACCUCGGGUCUAAGGAACCGAGCGUUCGCUUUUGGCUUUAUGCAGACUCCGUUUAUCUGUACUGCCUUCACAGGCAGUAUUGCAGCAAACUCGAUAUAUGCUAAUUUCGGGUGGCGCUGGGGUUAUGGCAUCUUCUGCAUCGUGAUGCCAUUUGUGUUCUUGCCCCUCGCCAUGGCUUUCAAGUAUUUCGAGAAGAAGGCAGAAAAGCAUGGCAUCUUCCGCCGACAGCCUAGUGGUCGCACUACUGCACAGUCUAUCAUCCACUAUAUCCAUGAAUUCGAUGGUAAGAAUACCCACAACAAAGUUCCGAGUGUUGGCACUGACGUUCCAUUGCUAGUUAUUGGUGCUUUCUUGCUGAUGGCUGGUUGGGUGUUGUUCCUCCUACCAUUCAGCUUGGCGCAAUAUGGCCGCUCUACGUAUGCAAGCGCAAAAUUUAUUGCUCUCCUCAUCUUCGGAGUCUUCAUGCUCGGUGUCUUUGCGGCAUGGGAGAAAUGGGGUGCACGCACUCACUUUAUCCGCUAUGAGUUGAUCAAGCGGCCUACCAUUCUAGGUGCCUGCAUCCUGGCCGCCGUGCUGUUUUUCAGCUUUGAACUCUGGGAUCAGUACUUCUACAACUACGUCCUGAUCUCCUACGAUAUUUCCCCAGUCCAUGCAAAUUACAUGAUCCAGAUUUAUAACGUCGGCUCUUGCUUCUUUUCUCCCGUCAUCGGAGCCAUCAUAUGGGCCACUGCGCGUUUCAAAUAUAUCUGCCUGUUCUUCGGAGCCCCGCUCAUGAUCCUCGGUUCCGGGCUGAUGAUCUACUUUCGUGGCGCAGACCAUGGCAUUGGCUACGUUGUCAUGUGUCAGAUCUUCAUUGCCUUCGCUGGCGGUACCCUCGUCAUUGGCGAAGACAUGGCUGUUAUGGCUGCAGGUGGCCGUGAGGGCACUCCGAUGAUGCUGGCCCUCAUCGGACUGUUCUCGAACAUCGGCGGUGCGAUUGGCCUGGCUGUUGGCGCUGCUAUCUACAACAAUGUCUUUGUCGAUACCCUCACGACACAAUUGCCGGACAAUAUGAAGGCCAAUGCCACCCAGAUCUACCUCGGUGGUAUCACUGUGCAGUCAACUUAUCCUUGGGGAACCCCCCUCCGUGAAGCUGUCGCGUACACAUGGGGCUAUGCCCAGCGCUUAAACUGCAUUGCCUCUACUGCUAUCUUAGCAUUGACUAUUCCUUGCAUCCUAGCCUGGAAGAACUACGACGUUAACCUGAAGCAGAACAAGGGUAAAAUGAUAUUCUAA